AUGGCUGUCCCCAACACUAGACAAAGAGCGAAAGAGCUCGUCCAGCAGAUUGCCAAAAAUCAUGGCUACCUUGGCGAGGAGAAAUUGCGGGCAAUAGAGCCUGAGCUGCGUCGUGAGAUUGAAGAGGCGUUUCUAAAGAAAGACGAGAUGAUUGGGUCCAGUGUCAUUACAUUGGCCAAGAAUUUGUAUACCAGCAAAGCCCGAUUCGUAUUCGAGCUGCUACAGAACGCCGAUGACAAUAACUACGCUAAGGCGGCAGCCCUCGGCGCUGCACCUUGUGUCUCGUUCCGCGUCUUUCCUCGCCAGAUCAUUAUGGAAUGCAACGAAGACGGAUUCACCAAUGAGAACCUCGAGGCGAUUUGCUCUGUUGGCAAAAGCUCAAAGACUGGAUCUCAGGGAUACAUCGGGGAGAAAGGAAUUGGAUUCAAGUCUGUUUUCAUGGCAGCUUGGAAAGCCCAUAUUCAAUCCGGAUCCUUCUCUUUCUCGUUCAGUCACCGCAAUGGUGAAUCUGGAAUGGGAAUGAUUUCCCCUAUCUGGGAAGAGACCCAGGAAGAGCGAGAUUCAUCAUUGACGAGACUCACACUUCAUCUUCACGACACUGGAGACUCUGAUGCGCUGGAAAAGACGCACCAAAUCAUCAAGGAACAGUUUCAGGAGCUUCAAGAGACCAUUCUCCUGUUUAUGAAAAAUCUAAGAAUCAUUCGAGUUGCUUUCCACGGCAUUGAUGGAGCGGAAACAUCUUCGGCGGAGUACUCAAUCCAACGCCCAGAAGUCAAUCACGCGGUCCUGAAGCGAGCUGUCAUUGGAAAUGGAAACAAGCAAGAGUAUGUCAAGCAUUACGAUGUGACGGUCCACCAAGCAACGGAUAUUCCGAGACACGAAAAUCGGACCUAUUCCGGCCAGGCCGACCACACGUCGCAGGUUGUGCUCGCUUUUCCACUUUCAGAGACAUCAGUUCCUGUCAUCGAGCCACAGGACAUAUUUGUGUACCUUCCUGUCCGGCCCGCCGGCUUCAAGUUUAUCAUCCAGGCCGACUUCGUCACUGAUGCUAGUCGGCAAGAUAUCGUCAAAGACUCGCUGCGCAACAUUGCGCUACUUGAUGGAGUAGCUGAUGCGUUUGCCAGAGCUGUGUUGCAGUUCUGUGGGCAUGACGGCUUGCGCCUUCAGUGGAUGAGAAGGACUCUUUUCCGGGACUUGGGUGUCCAGAAAGCGCCCAUAUCCCUGGUUCGGAGGAAGAUUUUGGAGAUGUACAAGCAGCCUUGGCUCUUGCCCGACCUAUCGGUGCAAACUUCGAAACAGCAUCUCGAAUUUCUCUAUCUGAGUCAACACUUGGAAUCCGAGAACGAGCCCUCUUACUCACUUAUCUUUAUUUUCGACCAAGAUGAGUGCAUCCGCAAGCCUCCAGAAACAUUCAUACACCUGGCCACCGACAAGAACCCCUACAGUCCUUGGGAGCUGCUGAAAGAAGGAGGCUCGACAUCCAGCCCUGGUUGUGAGGCGCCAGGGUUCAUGGCUCAUUAUAUGAAUGAGGCAUAUUUCCUGGAUCCGCCACAGACUCCUCAGAAUCAAACGCUCACUUGGGUUGAAUGGUUUCAUAGCCACCUCAAGAUCCCAAAGUAUGUGUAUUUUGGGGACACACAUCUAUCUGACGCUGCCAAAUAUCUGCAAAAAUACCGGCCAGAGAGGUUCCUCGGAGCCCUGCGUAUGUGUUACCUCCACAAUGGGCACUUCUCGUCUGAAUUCAUUGCAAGUGUUCAAAACACAAAGAUCUUGUGCCGAGGGGAUCAGCAGGUCUGUCUGAAGGACGCCUAUGUCCCAAUUGAAAGGCUCGAGACUCUCGUCACACGAUUCGUGGAGGACGGCGCGUCCUUCCCAUGGCUUUGGCUUGACACGAAAAAUUUCCCCGACACCAUACCAGAAGACUGGGAUAGACUUAUACGGGUUCUCAACGGUGGAAAAGUCGUGGACGAUCUCGAUGAGGUGUUUGAAGAUGCCAACGCCAUCUAUAUACCACCCGCCGAUUCGAGCACCUGGGUGUCUCCAGAAGACUGUGUUUGGAGUGCAGCUCAAGAACUGCAGACGAAGUUUGUCCUCGAGAUCGUCUAUGAGCCCUGGCUUUCUACGAGCCCUGAAAAGAGAGAAGACGUCAAGCGACUUUUCUGCGAUACCUUGGGCAUAUUUGACUGUACAGUGGAGAUCUACGUUGAGGAGCUCAAAAGCAUCCGGAAUUCUGGCUCAGAGGACAGUGACAUCAUUACCACUGUGUACGAAGCACUCGACAGCCUGUGGCAAUCCAGCAUUGCCAAAGAACUUACGCGAAACUGGCUUAGGGGUCAGUUCGAGGAUCACGCUCUGAUUUAUGUGGUAUCAAACGAGGGCCCGUCGUGGCGCAAGACAUCUCAGUGCGUCUGGUCCACUGCUGCUCAGCUCAGAGACAUGGUGUCCCUCAACAACGAUUACGAAGAAUUGCACGACUUUUUCGUUGAUGCUCUCGGUGUUCGGCCAGUGACGCUAAACAUGGCGAUCAAAGAGUUGAAACAGGCGGGAAGUCGACGAUCAGUUGCUGUCGAGGAGGUGAAGGCGACAAUAUUGACAGUCAACUCGCUUCUUUGCUCGGAACCGAAUCCGGACCAAAAACAGCGGGCGGAACUUGAGAAACAGCGAGAAGAACUUGCGAAGAGUAAGAUUUUCCCUGUGAGGCACCCUGGAGGUGUAGUUCAGUGUGUCGCAGAAGACACUGAGUUCUUCGUUGUGGAUCUUGAGCCUCGGCGAUCACCAUUCGAGAAUCGUGUAAAGCUCCUUGACUUCAGCCUGGAAGAGGCUGUGCGGCUUCGUCAUUUCUUCAAAUGGGCCCGAAUUGAAGACAGGUAUAUCUCUCUACGUGUGAGGCAAUUUACCUCUGUCGAAGAAGCCGGUGCACAGCAGAUGACCCAACUCGAUAGACAAUUUCGGUAUAGAGCUCAUGCGCUCCUGAGGAUUGCUGAGCAUUUUGAGAGUCCCCGUGUGACAAACGCAAAGCAUUCAGAGGCUCUCUAUGGGCUCUUGCGGAACGCAAAGAUCUUCGCGACUGAUAAGAUCUUCCUGGAACUUAGUCUCUCACAGGAUGGAUCUUCCCACAAUGCACAGGGAGGAUCAUUGAACGUGCAUCUUCACGAGCACGGCUCAGACCUCAAGGUAUAUUUGCCGCGCCGGAAGUCUUCUCAACAGUUCGCUUUCAGCAAGCACCUGCCAGAGAGAAUUCUCCAGUGGCUCAUGACUGACGCAGGCUCUCAAAUUCGACAUGAGACAAGCUUCAAGGCAGUCAGCGCGAUUAAAGAUGUUUGGAACGCGCCUCUUGAAAUGUUAUCGACCACUUUGGAUGAAAGUGGCAUAAUGCAAAUUAGCACCCUCAAUGUCGAUGAGCAUAUUGAAGAGCUUUCAUCUGACACAGACUCUGAUGGCGACGACUCAGAGGUUGUGGACACUCCUGCGUCAGUCUCGGACACAAUGCCUGUUGAUUCCCCAGGCACCUCCUCUGGAAGCGACUCUAGCGAGUCUGUCACAUCCGAUGGAACAGCGAACGAGUCGAGGACCCUCCCAGUGAGGUUGGCCGCACGGUCCAGGCCAGACACACCGUUGGAGGAACUCUCGAUACGUGACACUCACUAUUUGAACGUCUUAGGAAGGGUCAUCGCCUCCGCAAGAACGAGUAUAAUUCCUGAUCGAAACGCAAACCAACCCAACAGAGCUGUGAGAGGGAGCUCUAAUAUCUAUGGUCUGGAUCAGUUCGAGAGGGACUGCAAGGUUGGCGCCGCGGGAGAAUUAUUCGUUUUUGAGCUCUUGUCUCAUUUGGAUCCCGCGCUUCCCAACUUCUCGAGGGCUAAUUGGCAGAGUAACAUGCGCCGCUAUGUUACUGUACAUCCGGACUACGCCAACAUGAGCCCAUGGACAGGAAGAGAGACCUCGGAUAUCACGUACAUGGAUACUCAGGGAGUGUUAACGGAUCUGCUUAUACGCAACCACUAUCUGGACGGAGACAGGUGGACUGGAAGAACUCCGAAAUACUUCAUUGAGGUCAAGACAACAACAUCAACCUGUGACGCCCCAUUCUACAUGAGCAAUGCCCAGUAUCAGAGAAUUCGGGUGAUCAAGGACCCGGUCUGA